CCAAGUCUCAGAUCGUCGAUCUGAGCUCGUACGGCCCUUUCACGGCAUUCACAGUGGCAGCUGGGUAGGCAUAAAUACAAGAGCGAGUCCGUCCCAGAUGCUCAUUGCUGCUGCUCCUACCUCUGGUUUCCCCUCUCUCUUCUACUAUAUCACGGGGUUCAUCUCUCUUCCAUCAUGAGUUCCGAUACUGAGAAACACACUCCGGAGCAAGUCGACCAAGCGAUUGGUGGAGUUUCCAUCGAUGCCAGCGUCGAGGCAUAUACGCCCGAGGAGCAAAAAAAGAUCAUCCGCCGCGUUGAUCGACGGCUGGUCACGAUCCUUGGCCUUCUAUACAUGUGCAGUCUGAUGGACAGGACGAACGUUGGAAUCGCCAAAAUCGCUGGAAUGUCGACAGAUCUCAACCUCGUUGGCGAGAGAUACAAUUUAAUCGUGCUAGUCUUCUUUAUUCCCUACGUUCUCUUUCAACCUCUCGCCACUGUCAUUAUCCGCAAGACUGGACCCCGCCGAUUCUUGACUGGUAUAACUAUUCUCUGGGGUGUCUGUAUGAUCGGAUUUGGCUUCGUCCAAAGAUGGGACCAAAUGCUUGGACUCCGUGUCAUCCUCGGGGUCUUCGAAGCAGGAUACUUUCCAGGCUGUGUCUACCUACUCUCCACAUGGUACACUCGCUACGAGCUUCAACAGCGCAAUGCCGUCUUCUUCAUUAUCGGUAGCAUGGCGUCUGCCCUCUCUGGCAUCGCAGCAUACGGCAUCAUCCAAAUGGGCGGUCUAGGACAUCUGUCCGGCUGGCGAUGGAUCUUCAUCAUGGAAGGUCUCAUAACUUGCCUCUGUGGCGGUCUCGGGUCCAUCCUAAUAGUUGACUUCCCCGAGCAAGCUAGCACCUCCUUCCACUUCCUUACCGCGCAGGAAUCCUCCUUCAUCGUCUCCCGCAUAGAGGCCGACCGCGACGACGCCGUCAUCACCCCCUUCAACCUCUCCUCCUACCUGCGCAACGCGCUCGACCCUAAGAUCUGGGCGUUCGCCCUCCUCGCUUGCUGUUCAGCAACAAAUGGUUACGCAAUCGCCUACUUCCUACCCGUUAUCUUAAACCAAUCUCUGCACUACUCUAUCGCAAAAACACAAUGCCUUACUGCUCCACCAUACGUCGCUGCUGCACUCGUCAUGUACUUUUCCGCCGUGUUCGCCGACCGCCACCACAUCCGAGGCCCCAUUAUAAUCUUCAACAGCUGUCUAGGCCUCAUCGGUCUCCCAUUGCUAGGAUUCGAGAAGAAUAACGGCGUCAGGUACUUUGGGGUCUUCCUUGCGACGAUCAGCGCGUACGCGAAUGUGCCGCCGAUCCUCACGUACCAGGCGAAUAAUAUUCGGGGCCAGUGGAAAAGAGCGUUUUGCAGUGCGACUUUGGUUGGGUCCGCGGGUAUUGGAGGCAUUAUGGGGAGUACGGUGUUUAGGGAUCAGGAUGCACCGGGGUACAGGCCUGGGAUAAUUGCCACUAUUGGGACGAAUGUGGUCACUAUUGUUGUGGUGCUGAUCUUGAUGUGGAGGUUCUCGGUGGCGAAUCGACGGGGUGGAGUGGUGGAGGGGAAGGAGGGUUUUAGGUAUACUUUGUGAGCGUGUAAGGGACGAGGUGGGUUGGGUCAUACAUGAACGGACAUAGGAGCCGAGGUUUCUUAACGGUCCGUAUUAAUGCCACCGCUGCUUGCAUAUGCUGCUAUGGC